AUGGCUGGGGGGUGUGUAGGCGUUUAUCUGUCCUCCCCGUGCAUCUGCCUUCACUCAUUUCUCCCUUCGUUUGUGCCCGCUCCCUCCCCUCCCCCCCAACUUCCCCCCUCGUACCUGUUUUCCGACACGUCAGCGGACGGCGAUUUCAGCGAUGACGAGGAUUACAGCGAUGCUGACGCGGACGAGCGCAGCGUGUUCGGCGGCAAAUUACGCGCCGCCAAGUCAGCGUCUUGCCGGGACGGGUCGAAGAAGUCUGCAUGGUCGAACGCGCUCUCGUCCAGGCCAUUUUUCCUGGGCGGGCAAGAAGGCGCAGCACGGCAGGCCGCAGCUGCACGAGCGGAUCACGGAGACAGGUGGCGACACGCCAUUGGACCUGCUCGAUCUCGCAGGCAUGCGGCAGGCCCUCUCUGCACCCCUGCUCAAGCCCACCCGCAGAGCCCUUUUGAGUCGACUCAAAACUCACCUCGGGCCCUCUCUGGGCUCAAGCCCACCCGCAGUGCCCUUUCCUCUGCUGCUACUGGUGGUGCUGCUGGUGGGAAUCGUACCGGUGCCGCCGGUGGUGGUUCGAAGCGGCAUCGUGAUGGGGUAAUGGAGGAUGAUGACGUGGCGAUGGGUGAUGCCAGCCUGGCACCUGCGAGGGCUGCUGAGCUGGCGCUUGGCCGGCGGAUUCGCAGCGGGGGAGUGGCAGGAGGAGGAGGAGGAGAUGAGAGAGGGGGUGCUGGUGCUAGAGCUGGUGGUGGUGGUGCUGGUGGUGGUGCUGGUGGUGGUGGUGGGAGGAAAAAGGCCAAGGCCAAUUCAGGCCAGGCCAUUCCUUCUGGUAAGGACCGGCGCGGCGGGAAGAAGCAGACUGGUAGUGGUAGUGGGUGGUCUUAUACAGGGGAUGAAUAUGCCGCAGGCAGCGGGCGGCGGGCGGGCGGCGAUGUGAAGAAGGAAGGGAAGUUGGAGCCACAUGCAUACUCGCCGUUGGAUGCAAAGAUGCUCAAUCGGAGGGCUGGGAAGCUUGCAGCGGAGCGGAGGGGAAUGACCACUGGGAAGAAGCAGCACAAGGGGCAUUAG